GCUCUGUCGGGCGAGCUCCUCUCUCUGUGUGCGAGCGAGCGAGCGAGUGAGUGUGUGUGUGUGUGUGCGCGCGAGUGUGUGUGUGUAUGCGUGUGUGUGUGUGUGUGUGCUCUGCUGUUGCUGCCCUUUGAUCCCUGCAUUAGUGUUAGUUAGGGGCUCGGAGACACACACUUACAGAGAGCAGCCAUAGUCAAGACACGGCAACAACAACAGCACCUCCUCCUCUACUCUUCCCUGUUCCCAACAAUACACUUAACCGAGGACAGCCAGGUGCACGACAAGUCCCUGCCAUCAGGCUCCCUCGCAAAAUUUCAAUGGGAAAAGACCUUUUUUCUUCUUAUCCCUAAACAAGAAGGAGAAUGUGAUAAAAGGGGGAAAAUGCCAAGGAGGAAACAGGAGCAACCCAAGCGCCUGCCUUCACAUGUGGACACGGUAGAGGAUGGAGGGCCAGAGGGUGGCUCAGUAGAGGAGGACAGCUGGUUUGGGAAUACCUCCGACAGCCCCUCUGAAUCGUCCUACGGUGAUGUGCAAGAUGAGCUGCGGGUUUCCCCGGACAAUGUUCCCCGACCGGACCAUGACACCUCAGCCGAGAGCUCCCUGGGCUGCCCGACGCCAGUUCAGCGGGCUUCCCUGGAGCUACUGGGGCUGGACAGUGGGGUCCUCUCGACCCAGGACAUGCUGUCCUCUGAGGUGUCCUCUCUUUACGGAGAUUCCAACCAGGCUUUGGGCAAGCCCCUCAGCAGCAACCUGCGGCGUCUCUUGGAGGCUGGCUCGCUAAAGCUGGAGGGAGGGGACCUGACUGGGCGUGGAACGGGCAGAGGACCAGAGUCGCCCCCGGUCAGCUUGGUACUGUCUCCAUCUUCACAUCACGCACAGCAGCUGAGUGCCCUGGCGAGGAGGUUGGCUAACAGCAGCAGCAACAACAGCGGCAACUCGAACUCUGCAUCACCUGCGUCUGUAGCAACUGUCAAGCAGGAGCCUUGUGACCCAUAUGGCCCCAGCAAUGGCCCUAACUCAGGCAGCAGUGGCUUCGUAUGGGUAGGCGUUGCCGAUAAAUGGCCAUCGACUAGUUGCUCGGCUCCCAGCGGCAGCAGCCUAUCGCCAGACUCGGCUAUCCAGAAGUUAAAGGCGGCCGCCAACGCCGUGCUCCAAGACAAGAGCGCGGUGGCCUCCUCCACCUCGGCGUCCUCAUCCUCCUCUUCCUCCUCCUCGUCCUCUUCGGUCACCUCCUCCUCAAUGGCAGCCCUGGGCACUCGCUCUGAUGAUGCGGUGCGCUUUGAACCGUUCGCUUCACCCUUCAGUCCGCAGUCAGCCAGCUCCACGCUUGCUGCCCUCUCAAAGAAAGUGUCUGAAAGAAGUCAGCAGCAGGUGGGCUCAUCUGAGCAUCAACCCUCAGCUGGCUCCUUUCUCUCUCUGGUUUCCAUGACCUCCUCAGCAGCUCUGCUAAAGGAGGUGGCCGCACGAGCAGCAGGGAACCUUCUAGCUGAUAAGAAAGAGCCCGCAUUAGUACUGGGAGCCUCCGAAGAUGUCAAGCCCCUGUUAGACAGGAACCAGAAGGUGCCCACCCCAACCCAGGCCAUGGAUCUUCUGCUGCCAGCAAUCCCCAAGGGAAGGGCCAAGCCCAGCAGUCAAGCAGGUUCUCCUGAGGAUGGAGGGAAGCCCUUUCAGUGCCCGGUGUGCGGUCUGGUCAUCAAGAGAAAGAGCUACUGGAAGAGACAUAUGGUGAUCCACACAGGCUUAAAAAGUCACCAGUGUCCCCUCUGUCCCUUUCGCUGUGCUCGUAAAGACAAUCUCAAGUCCCACAUGAAGGUCCAUCAGCACCAAGACCGAGGAGAGACUUUCCAGUGCGAGCUGUGCCCCUUCACAUCCUCCCGCCACUUUAGCCUCAAGCUGCACAUGCGUUGCCAUCAGCACUUCCCCCGUCCCGACCUCAAAGUCAAAGAAGAACCCGGCACAGACACGGAGGAGGGCGAAGGCUUGCUCAUGGGGGACGGUGGAGUCGCUGGCGAUCAGGUCAUGAACACAGAUGCUUCCAUGUCUCCCACUGUGAGCCAACCCGACGGGCGUUUGCUGGCCUCCCCUGCAGAACCCUCGAACCACGUCCAGAUCAAGGAGGAACCCCAGGAGAGGGAUCUGUCUGUGAUGUCUCCCUUUGCCCUGUGUAGGGAGCGACCCAGCAGCAGCAGCAGUUCUCUGGAUCUGCCUGGGCUUAAAUCCAGUCCACCGGGGCCUGGACCUACAGCUGCUUCGCUCUUCAGCCCAGAUAUCACCACCAAGACGGCUACGGACCUUCUCAUAAAGCUCUCAGCAGCGAACCAGAAGGAGGCCCUAAAGGGUCCAUUCUGUGUCAAGGAGGAGCCCCAGGCGGAAGAGCCCCUAAGCUCUCAGAGGGGACCAAGCUAUAGCUUCUGCCAAGAAGGACCCCCAGGGUCCACCAAGCCACGAGAGGAGGGGAGCCCGAUGUUGGGCAAGAGCAGCCUGCUCAGCCAGGACAUCAACGUCAAAGUGGCCUCUGAACUGCUUAUGAAGCUCUCAGAGAAUAACAAAGAAGCUUGCCACCAGAACGUCAUAGUGAAGGCGGAGCCUAUGGAAGUGGACCCGCCCCUAGAAUUGGCCCCUCCCUCCUCCCAUCUACUGGGCUUCAGCACUUCAGGGGCAUGUGAGAAGAAGGAACCAAUGGUCAACCUCCCAGAUCCAUUGCCCCGCCCCCAAAAUGACCUCUUCUCCCAGGACAUAUCAGUCAAAAUGGCCUCCGAGCUGCUUUUCAAACUGUCUGAAAAAGUAAGUAAAGCUAACGAAAACAAAGACAAUGCGUCAUUCGGUAUACACAGCCCUUUCCUAGACGACCGCUUUAGACAAUCACCUUUCAGCACGCGCUCCAAGAGCUCUUCCCCAGCUGAAGCCGGAUCUUCAAGCAGGGUUGCCCAGCAAGAUCCAGAGAAGGUGAGUAGUGAGCCAGGAAAUGGACUCGCCCAAUGGAGACUCAACGAACAGCUCUUUCCCUGCCCUGUUUGUGGCAAAGUGUUUGGUCGCCAACAGACUCUCUCCAGGCAUCUCUCCCUACACACAGAAGAGAGGAAGUAUAAGUGUCAUUUGUGUCCGUACGCGGCUAAGUGCCGAGCCAACCUCAACCAGCACCUCACCAUCCACUCAGUCAAACUGGUGAACACAGAUGCCGAGCAGAUUGUUACCGCUGUUACCAACGAAGGCCCAGAGCUCAAAAACUGCCCCUACUACUACAGCUGCCACGUCUGUGGCUUCCAGACAGAGUUAAACGCUCAGUUUGUCAGUCAUAUGUCUCUCCAUGUAGACAAAGAGCAGUGGAUGUUCUCGCUUUGCUGUAGCACCUGUGAGUAUGUGGGAGUGGACGAGGCCGAGAUGAAGGCUCACAUCAGUGCAGGGCAUGCAGGUCUCAAUUCCAGAAGCCCUCUCAGUGAGACCAAGAGCACUUCCUCCUCUCUCUCAGCCCUCAGCGACUCCCUCAACAGCUCUGAAGGUGGAGAUGUUGCCCAAGGUAACGAAGAACUAAAAAGCCUUUUGGCCCCGCCUUCUUCUGCGGGCAGUCAAUCAAGCUCAGGCCCAGGAACAGAGGAAAAAGCAGAGAAAGGCUUUGAAUGCGUCUUCUGCAACUUUGUGUGUAAAACUCGACCCAUGUACGAGCGGCACCUACAGAUCCACCUGAUCACGCGCAUGUUCGAGUGCGACGUCUGCCACAAGUUCAUGAAGACACCCGAGCAGCUCCUGGAGCACAAGAAGUGCCACACCGUCCCCGCUGGAGGGCUCAAGUGCCCUCUCUGCAUCUACUCCACCAACAGGCCAGCCGCCAUGGAGGGCCACCUGAAGACGCACUACAAGAUGGAGUAUCGCUGCCGCAUCUGCCAAGCCGUGUGGGCCAAUCAGGCAGAGCUGGAAAGGCACACGCGUGCUCACCGCCUGGGCAACCACUACAAGUGCGAGCAGUGCGGCUACCUCUCCAAAACAGCCAACAAGCUCAUCGAGCACGUGCGCGUGCACACGGGCGAGCGGCCUUUCCACUGCGACCGCUGCAGCUACAGCUGCAAACGCAAGGACAAUCUCAACCUCCACAAGCGGCUCAAGCACGCGCCGAGACAGACCUUCGGCUGCGCCCAGUGCCCGUUCACCACCACUCACCCGUUCGUCUACAGCCGCCACGUUAAAAAGCACCAAGGCGGGGAGGGGAGCGCCGAGGAAGGUGAGGCUCGGCCAGGCACGCCACGUCCGGGCCUUUUGGAGCGAGGUGGGAGCAGCAGCGGGAGCGGGGACAGCGGGAGCACCAGUCCGCUCAUGAACCUGUCCGCCUCUCAAGCCUUGCAGUCCGUCGCCCUGUCGAUCACCAGCAAGCAGCAAGACGGCACCCCAACCACGCGCUACCUCUCGGCCAACGGCACGUUCUCCACACUGGCGGCUCGCUACUUGGAACAGUACAGGAACUGUGACCUGGCUCACCUCAUCCCCCUCACCACGCUCUUUACGGCCCGCCGCUUCACAUUCCACAGCCCCUCGCCCUCAAACUCCUCUCCGCCCUUCUCGGCGUUCUGGUCCAACUCGUCCUCGCAGUCGCCGCCCUCUCCCACGUCACUCAAACACUCCUUCCUGGCAUACCUGGGAUUGACAGAGAGAGCUAAGACCAUUUGACCAUCCUCGUCCCUUCUUCUUCUUCUUCUUCUUCUUCUUCCUCUCCCGUAUCAUCAGUCACCGAAGCCACUAACUGUUGUUCCACAGGCAGCCUACAACGCUGCCCUAAAAACUAGUGAUGAUAGUAAACCAUCCGUUUAUCAGAGGAAAAGCUGUUCACGCUCAAGGCAUUUCGAUUUGUGUUCUAUCGCAAUCCAACCGUCGCUCUUUUCUAAGAGUUCCUCUUCAACACUUGUUUUCCUCUACGAAUUGUGAAUGACCCGGAAGAUCCGAUAACAGUGCUUUAUCUAUUACAAGUUUUGUAUUCGUUUUGAUGGGCGAAAGGAAACAUAUUAGCUCGCAAGCGCUAAGCUUUUUUGUGCAUUUUGUCAGGAAUCCGAAAGCAUGUUCGCUAUGUGUUGCAAUCGUUUUUUGAGGUCAUUUAGGGGCUCAGUAUCAGUAUAUGGCACGACAAAAACCAAUGAAACGGAUUGCUAUCUUUCGAGUCUUGUUUCCAAAGCAAAGCCUCAGACCACGCACUUGUUAAUUUAUCAAGCUGUACAUAGUUUUGUAGUCUUUCUUUUCUCUUCUCCUCCCCCUCACGCCCGUUGGCGUCGACUGGUUUUGCUGAAUUGCGAGACCGUCUGCAAAUUUUAAUCUCGCCUCGGCAACGAGCAUAAGGCCCUUUACGACACCUGCGAGGCGCAGCUGAUGGCAUUUCUUAAUACAAGCCAUUCAGGGCACGCUAAUGGCAAAAGCAAUCAUUACCACUACCGCAGUGGUCGUCAACCCAUGAUGCAGCCCUUCAAUAUCUUCACCAUCCUUUUGGUCGCUACAGAUUGUGCCAUAGCUGACCGAGGUGGCCCGUAUCCGUUAGGCAUGAGAUAGAAAUGACCAGUCAAGCGCCCUGUGCAUAGCUAAAGUAUAUAAUGCGCACCUGUACGUUUAACAAGAUGUAUGAGGUGACGGGUUUUUGGGAAAGACCCAAUUAUUCUGUCACCAAGGCCGAUUCAAUGGUGCUUUUUGGAGCUUUUUGUAAUUUUGUGUGUAAAAAAAAAAAAAAAAACCUGUUCCAAAAUGACUUGAAUGAAUGUACUUUCUGUUGGUUAAUGUUGAAGUGAUACAGAGGUAGCUGGACUGUGGUAAGUGAGAUCAUGGAAAAACAAUGGUAUCUCGGUGGCCUUCUGUGUCUUAAAUUUUUGUUCUUCUAGUUGUUUUUUAUUAUUAUUAUUAUGACUUUUCAUUUGAAAGAGCCUUUGAAAUGUAAAAUACAAAUAUAUAUAUAAAAAUAUAUAUCCUGUACUAACAAGCUAUUAUGAGAACCCCAUUGGAAAAUGGCUCUCAAGUGCAAUGUGGAGGCAGCCAUUAUUUUGAGUAGGAUCUUUGGAAGCAUGGCUUUCCAUAUGUGGGCAAACAUGGUACCAUAUGUUCCCCUCUUGGUGUUUUGAGUUUUAAUUGCACUUAAAAUUUUGAAAUGUUUCAAACAAAAGCACUUACACACAAUAGAAAACGUUCUUGAUGCCAAUUAUUUCGACUGCCUCGUCAAACAGCCUCAAUGCUACUUAAGUAAUUUUUCCUUUAGUGUCGUUUUUCUUUGUUGUCUGCUACGAUGGUUGAAAACACAAAUUCUCAGCCUUUUCCUGUAGGUAUUUGCCAAACAGCAGACUGCUCUGUUUUUUAAGGAUCGUACGGCAUGUGUAAUGCGGACGGCUGAAUUCAAAAUCCACCCUGGACACCAAACGGCCAGGCUAAAUUUUUAACAGCGGUUUUGCACAGCGCUGUAAAAAAUUGCACUUUUCUAAACAAAGUAUCAGAACGCAAUUCUAUUCAACGCUCUAAAAUGGAAAACAUCCAUUACGGCUUUACUGGCCGUAAUAUUGGCGAGCUCUGAAUAAAUCAUUUUUUGAUCCAAAUACAGUUUAAUUCAUGUUCAAAACAGAUAAACUGUAGCAGAUUGAUUUUUGAUGAGCACUUUGCUUAGUUACUGAAUAGACAGAGAUGUUUUAAGAAUUUAGAAUAUAGGAAACGUUAAUUGGUGCUAAAAGAGUAACUUAGCGUGUUCGGUUUUAGUAACCAAACACCAAUCAGCUGAUGCGCAUAAGCUCUAUACGGCCAAUUCCAAAUGGCGUAGCCAAUAUAUUGGUCUAAAUGAACCGUGAGAAAACACGUGCAAAGCUCAAACUUGAGGUCCUAAAGAAACGUUAUUCUUUGACACAUGCGUUUAGUCUUUUUUUGUCCAGCCAACAGAAUCUGAUCGAUAGUUUGAACGUUGUCCAUCAUAGAUGUACAAUGCUCUUCCGUGUUUAUUCAUGCAAGCAAGGGACAAGGAUAAAAACGUGGCCUGUUCAGAUCAAUCACGUCAGGUACACAAAAGUUUUCGAAAGCAGCUGACCUUAGAUGUUUUAAAAGGAAAAAAGUAGCAGCAUUACUUUGAUAGGUCAACCUUGAACUGCAAAGAGAUAAUUCUUCUUAAGUUUUUUCUCCUCCAACUUGCCCAUUGAGAGGAUUCGGAUGAAAAAGAAUUUUAAAAAGUCUGUAUUUAAGGCCAGUUUAUAAAUGAAAUGCAGGCCAUUAAAAGAUGGCAGACAGUUUCUUGGCCCCGCACAGUAUCCUUAUUUUAUACUUGUAUUUCUUGCUCUCAUAGUAUCAUUUCUUUUUCUUCAUAUAGAUGCCCAGCAUGCAGUCUAGUGGUAUGUUGUAUUUUAAGUGGAGCUUCUUUGCUUGUUAAUAAAGCUCCUGCUCGACCCAUUAUCUUUUAUGCUCUAGUGCCACUUGGUGGCAAGGAGUGGCCCGAGAGCCUGAGAUGAAGUGAAACUGAUCCUCAGGACCCAUUUUGAUAGAAUGAAUUCAAACGGAAUGUCCACUGGGCAACAUCCUUUUGUCCGUCUGCCUUGGAACACCAUGUAUUCAUCAUGUAGAAGAACAUGGCUGCUGCUCUUUCAUGCUCAGUUGUGUGGGCAAGAGGAGCGCAACAGGGAUCGCUCUCUGUUCCAAUACCAGUAUUUAUAAAUACUUAAUACUUGGCGUUCUGUUUGCCUAAUCGCAAGGAGCAGCAUUUUUUGUUUUAGCGUCAUUGCGCAUCAAACAAGACUGACUACCUUUUUUAGCACUUCAAAAGAUGCAUGAAUUGCUCUUGAUCUCUAGUUUGUAGCACUUACUUUUCUUUUUUUUUUUGGGUCCGGAAAAAAAAGACCAACUCGUUUUGCAUUUAGCUUUGCGGGUUAUUCUGCACAAUCUGUUUGCUUUAUCUCUUGCUGUACUCUACAACUCAAUAAGGCUCAAGUAUCAUUUUGUUUUCUUUCUUAUUUGGCACCCAGUAAACUUGUUAUGUGCUGUAUAAAGCUUUUUUAUUACUUCAUUCUUAAGGCUGUACAGGGUUGUUUGUGACAAUAACUGGUAAUUAGACCAUUUGUACUUUUUAUUUUGUUUUGUAUUUUGGUUUUAUUGGUUUUGCAUUCUUUAUGUUCAAAUUGCCAGUUCUAAAUGUAACAGGAUUUGAAAGUAAAGCUUACAUCACAUAUUA